AUGGCCGGCAGCGCGACCAGCAAGAAUCUGAUCGCCGUCAUUAUUGGUGCUGUGCUGCUUUUCGGCGCCAUUAGCGUACUUCCGAUCGUCAUUAUGCGCCGACACCGUCGACGAGCAGCACAGCGACACGCAAACGAGCUCGCGGCCCUCCAGGCCAACGGCUGUAUGCGCCAGGUCUCCGUGCAGAGAUGGUUGGAGCAGCAGCGUCAACAUCCCGCACAAACACAAACACCCGAUAACGAUACCCUUGAGCGAUACGCAGGCGAGUCAUGGUAA